AUGGAAGCCAAGGCUAAUUGUGAGGAAGAGUCCUCUGCCCAAGAGGGUGGUGAUCAGAACACGAGGUUUGUUUUUUCUCCGUUUUAGACCAGAUGCUCUCUUUUUUUUUUUUUUUUUUAAAGUCUCGUUGGUCUGUAAGAGAUCAGGGUCACUGUUUUUCUUCAUAUUGGCCUGCAAGCGUACUGAAAUUCUGUUACCUUAUUAUAAAAGCCAUCUUUUAGCUUUUGUUUUCCCCCUUCCCCAUGUACAAUUAAAAAAAAACAACCCAGAAAGGUUUGAUUUCUUUUUUACAACCUUCAGAGGUUGUUUUCUUAAAUCUUUGCCUUUAAUUGUCUGUAAGCUGUUCUGUCUUUAAGGUUUACUUCCCGUACCUAUCUUAGCAAGAUGUUUUUCAUUGUUGGCUUUUCUUAUUUUUGUUUUCUUUUUACAAGUUAAUUCUGGUAGGUAUUGAGUUCUAGUGUACUAUAUAUAUAUCUAUUAUAUUAAUUUGCCUUAUUUUCUUUCCUGAUUGGUUUUUCUUUUCUUUUUCUCCUUCUUUCUCCUUUAGUUCUGAGGAAAUCAAAGAUGAAAAGCCAGUUUCCAAAGAGGAGAAAGGUAUAUGUUUUUAAAUAUUGGUGCCUGUGCAUAGGCAGAACUCAGCCUUCCUUUGAUGCUAUUUGAUUUAUUUAUUUAGAAUAACGGACAUGACUUCGUGUUGGGUUGAAAUCACGACAGACGAGUGGCGGGUGUCAAAGGAGAGGCGUCUGCCGGGGCAAGCCCCGGGAACUCUCUUUUAUUGAAUAUUACAAACAUUGCCACAGGUGUACUUGUGGCUGAUUGGUUGAUACAAACACAAAGCAUCUUGUUGCUGAUUGGUUAACAUAGGUACAAGGCGGGAAUAACAUAUGUCCAUUUAUCAUUGAUAGAUCAAAGGAUGAGGAAUGGGGCUAGAACUAGACAGGCAUGAAUCCUCCUAAUUAAAUUAUAACUAAAGAUUAAUAUAACAUGACUAAAACAAUUACUAAUGAUUGAUCAUAACAUGAAAGAACAUAAUAAUGAAGUUCCGUAGAUGUGGUCAGCUAUGCAUUAAGAACAGGUCAGGAUACACUGUUUCAUGAACUCAAUGGGAACUGUUCAGAACAUUCUCAGACUUAUGUGCAGAAGCAGAAGCGAGACUUCCCAGAAUGCAAGCGAAAAGAAGCAAGACUUCCCACAAUGCCACAGUUAUGUGCAGUAAGAGAACUGCAGAAAGAAAACUUCGCUUCAACUUCGUCUUUCUUGACGUGCUUAACGUGAGUCAUGCAAUAGCCAAAAAAAAAAAGUUAAUGCAAUUCUGGGCUACAUCAACAGAAAUCUAGUGUCAUAGUACUGCUCUAUUUUGCCUUGGCUAGACUCCCACCUUGGGUUCUUGGUCCGAUUCUGGGAACCCCUUACAUAGAAUAUUGGGAAGCUGGAAUGUGUGCAGAGGAGGAUUAUCCGAAUGAUCAAGGGUCUGGAAACCAAGCCUUAUGAGGAACAGUUGAAGGAGUUGGAUAUGUUUAGCCUUUGGGAAAAAAUAGAGAGUUGAUAGAAAAGCCAUCUUCAGAUAUCUGAAGGGCUGUCACUCGGAAGAUGGAGCAAGCUUGUUUUCUGCUCCAGAGGGGAUAGGACUGGGACCAGUGGAUUCAUAUGAAAGAAAAAGAUUCUGGCUAAACAUUGGGAAGACCUUUCUAACAUUAAUAGCUGCGUGACAGUGAAACGGAACUCCCCUUUACUGGAUGUUUUCAAGCAGAGAUUGGAUGGCCAUCUGACAGGGAUUCUUUAGCUGUGAUUCCUGCAUUGGACUUGGAAAGAGACACCAAGGAUAAUCCAGUGCUACAAAAAUUCUGUGAUUCUACUCAUGAGUAGGACUGCAACAGCAAUGAAAGAUGGCGCAAACUUCUUCCAGUCACCUAGUACCAGAUGAAAAUUUUCAGCUGUCAAAGGCCAUCAUGAAACUGAAAUGCAACCUUGGGACCAGAUGCAUCGUGUCCUAGCUACUGUUGCACACUGAAAUAUCUAAUUUACCUGGCUGCUUUCCCAUAAUACUAAUAUGACUAGAAGGAGCCAUUCCCAGGGCCCCUGGCCAUAACUCAGAGUUUAGGUGCUGUUUUCCGUGUCUCGAAAGAGGAAGGUUAAGGGCCAAAGCUCAGUGACAGAGCACCUCCUUUGAAUGCAGAAAGCCCCAACUCAGUUCAUGACAUCUCCAGUUGGGGCUGGGAUAAACUCCUGGUCUGGAGACCUGGAAGGCUGUUGCCAGUCAGUGUAGGCAACCCUGAGCUAAUUGGACCAACUUCCUAUGCCAGGCCUUGCUAAAAAGGAGCUGUGUCCACCCAGUGUGGCUGGGGUAUAUGGGGGCUUCAAGAGGACAAGUGUAUCACCUGUGGAGAAACUGGCCCCCAAAAAGGCAUCAGCUGGAAGCGUGGGAUCCCCUGGGGAAUUUUUAGAUCUUGUCAGUUGCUUUCUCUUGCCUCUCCAGAUGUUUUCUCUUGAGAGUAGUUGUGCUGUGCCUUAUGUUACAGGAUUUCUCAUUAACUUGGGAAAACUAUUAAACUCUUCUUUUAACUCACUGUAUUUUAACUCACUUUUUUUUAAACUCACUUUUUUUUAAACUCACUGUAUGUAAAAGAAGGGACGCGGGUGGCGCUGUGGGUAAAACCUCAGCGCCUAGGGCUUGCUGAUCGCAUGGUCGGCGGUUUGAAUCCCCGCGGCGGGGUGAGCUCCCGUCUUUCGGUCCCAGCUCCUGCCCACCUAGCAGUUCAAAAGCAUCCCUAAGUGCAAGUAGAUAAAUAGGUACCGCUUUAUAGCGGGAAGGUAAACGGCGUUUCCGUGUGCUGCGCUGGUGCUGGCUUGCCAGAGCAGCUUCGUCACGCUGGCCACGUGACCCGGAAGUGUCUCUGGACAGCGCUGGCCCCCGGCCUCUUAAGUGAGAUGGGCGCACAACCCUAGAGUCGGACACGACUGGCCCGUACGGGCAGGGGUACCUUUAUGUAAAAGAUGAUGAUAAUAGUAAUAAUAGAUUGCCCUAAGAAGAAGCCACCUCAGAAUAGGCCCUGUUGAAUAUUUUCCAAGACAAUAACGCUCACACACUAUCAAAGAGCUUAUAACCCACCUACUCUCAGCAGCCAGGAGUAUCAUAGCCAGACACUGGAGAGACCUGCCAGGAGUGAACAUGGACCACUGGUACCAAAUUGUAUGGGAAACAGCCUUACUAGGAAAGCUAACCAACAGACUGAAACUAACACGGGGACAGAUAAAAGAGGAUGCCUUCAACCCGGUGUGGGUCCCCUUUAUUAUGCACAUAGCCCAACAACAAGAACCCACCGAGAGCAUACAAAUUGAUAUGGGUAACUUGACCUAACAACCCCUUCCCUUUCAGCUGCAGUCAACUGAAGGCAGCCCCAGCCUCCCCCUCCCGACCUCUCUCACUGUCAGUGAAAACUAAUGAAUGGAAAGAGAAUCUACCCAAGUGAUGCUGACACAUAAACCUCACACAUAAUAAAAGAAUGCAAGUUUACCACCACAUGUCCCACUACUAUCCCCACCUUUCUUCUUCCCCGACCUUAUACUGUAUACGACAUUAACACCUUGCAUCAAAUGUAAAUGACCUGUAGAGAAAACUCUGAAAUGGAGACAACGCAUGUACAAUUGAAACACAAGAAAAUCCUUUAAUGAAAACUCCUAGAAAGAAAGAAAUGGACUCAUCAAGCCUGGGAACUCAUUCUAGGGGCGAAGUACAAAAUGACUUUUGGCCACAUCAGUCAAGCCACUUCUUCCUCACGGAAGUGGAAGUGACAAUGUAGCUAUGCCUCCCUCUCAUGGGGAAGAGCCUGAUUUGGACGCUCUGUGAGUGAGUGUGUGUGAGAGAGAGAGAUCCAGAGACUCAAGUUUUUGAAAUUCUGCUCUAGGCUUCCUCCAGAAUUCCUCUUAGCAGCUCUACUCUCCCACCAGCAAUUUCCCCCCCGCUAUAGCCAUCGAAAAAGUGGCUUGGAAUCCUGCAAAAACGGUGAACCCCAGCAAUAACAAAGUGAGAAACUGGACACGUGGAAUUGGCCUAGUGGUACUUCCCACCAAACAGUUUGCACGUUGCCGCGAAUGAAUGUUGGCAUACACAGCUUGAGUGUCGGCAAUCUCAGGCACAUUUUGUAAAUGUCCAGAAACCAUGGUCAGUCCCCACUAGCGUGUAUAAACGAGACUGUCAGGUGUUCGCAGUGAGUAUCUGACAAGCAGGGAUGUACACUGGUGAAGGCGGUUCUUCUGGGAUUACUACCAAAUUUUUGGAUGUUGGGGUCUUAACGUGCCUUUUCUCCAGGUUAGAUUUCCUAGGGCUGCACUUCCCCUUCCAGAGGUGGGGUGGGCUGCCUUGUCACGCUAAAUAUGCUAUAAACACUUCCUGUUUCCACGUAGGCCGCAGUGCUACCACAACUGGUCGGAACUUCUGGGUGAGCGGCCUCGCUUCCACCACCCGAGCAACAGACUUGAAGAACCUCUUUAGCAAAUAUGGGAAAGUAAGGCUGCAUUGAUUAUUGUUGAAGCCUUGUGAUGGAGAGACAAGUUCAGGGCCUGUGAUAAAAUGGUUCAGAGUAUCUUUAACCCUUAACGAAAGUGACCUUGUUCAGGGUUGCUGCCAGCUAUGCCCUUUCCCCAAGAUAAUACAUUCCUCUUCCAUUUUCCUGUUUUUGUUUUCUGGCAUUUGGAGUUUCUGGCUACUUUUAAAAGAUGUUUUUUAAAAAAUUGAAUUUGUUAUAAAAAUGUAAAGGAAACGGCAGUAAUAAUAGAGGACAUUUCAUGAAGCAUAGCAAUAUCAACAGGCCCAGCAAUGGAUAUAAAUUUUAUUAGAUGAUUCCGAAAGUACAGUUUUUGUCCCAAAGUGGUUAGCCAGGUGGCCAGCCUGUGACCUGUAAUUGUUUUCUUCAUCAGAAGCAAACUUAACGAAGGUGUACCAUGUGUCCCAAAAUUUGUCUAGUCCAGAUCCCUUUCCCAGAGGUUUUAGGUUUUUUGUGCUAGCUCUUCGUUCAGCACUAUAGGGGAUUCUGGCUACUUAGCACAAAGUCCUCAUUGGGUUGGUUUUUGUGGGGGGGGGGGGGUUGUCCCUCUUUGACUUUUCUUUUCAAAAUAUGUGUUUGCUUCGGCCAACUCCAGAUCAUGCAGAUAUCUCUGUUUCUCCAAACCCUACUGAGCUCCAUUCUGUUCAGCACUCCCCACUUUCAUUUACUAUUACAAUGAAGGCUGUAGAAAAUUGCUACUUGCAAGUGAAUACAGUUAUGCCUGUGAGUUAUGCUACUGCAUACGACAGAACGGAAUAAGUCACACUGUCCUAUUACAGGCUGCUUGCUGUUGAGUCUUUGGCAACCCCCCACUUUUCCCUUUGUGUAUGUACCAAGUAACCCAACUGGCUUUUCUUUCUCCAAAGCGAACUGGUCACUUGACACCAAGCUGUGGCUAAGUCAAUUUUAAAUAUAUGUCCUUCCUUUCUUCAAGGUGGUUGGAGCAAAAGUGGUGACUAACGCUCGGAGUCCUGGAGCCCGGUGUUACGGCUUUGUGACAAUGUCCACAGCUGAAGAAGUGACAAAAUGCAUUGCCAAUUGCCACAAAACAGAAUUACAUGGGAAAAUAAUAUCUGUUGAAAGAGUAAGUGCUGGUUCUCUCUCUCCCUUCACUCUUAAAACAAAAAUAACCUAAGGGAUGUUUUCCAAAAUAUUACUUCUUUUUCUAACAAACAAACGUAAUUUCAGGCAAAAAAUGAACCUGCUACAAAGAAGCUAUUGGAGAAAAAGGAUAGUGAGGUGAAGAAUGAAGCUUCAGCCAGUGAUAGGUAAUAUGCUUUAGACUUGUUUUUCUUUCAUUUUAAAAACAUGUUUUCAGUUAUUUUUUUAACAGUGUGAACUGUUUUCCCCCUAUGUACUUUUUCUGUUUGAAGGAAUAGUUGCAUUCUUAACUUAGAAACACACACAACUUCCUGAGUGAGGAUGCAGUACUGGAAAACCUGCCUGAAAGUGCAGGUGCUGUAGCUACAUACCUGGUGUGAAAGGACUGCAUUUACAGUCCUCCCAAGACUUGUGGCAUUCAGAAUGCACAUCAGACUCCUUUCCUCCAAAAAUUUACCACGUUGGGAAGAAGAGAGACAGUUUGGCACUCUCUCUGUCCAUCAAGAGACCCCAUUCAUACAUAAAAUAUUUCUUCUUAUAUUCUGAAUUUUUGCCUUUCCAGAAGAAACUUCAUACAUGGGUGUGUUUUAUUGAUGUAAUCUACAUUGCCAUUUCAAGAAUCUAUAGACUUAGCCUGAGUUUUCUUUGGGAGACUCUGGAUAGGAGCAGCAAAAAACAGGAGUGCGGCCUCAUAUACAUAAACACAUGUACACGCACACACACACAUGGCGCAAGUGCAGCAGGCAGGCAAGACUAGCCGCUUGUCAAUCAACUGAUUCAAGAGACCCAUUUUCACUCCAUGUAAUGCAUGGCAUUUUAAAGCCGCAAAAAUCAGUCAAGGCUUCAAAGCACAGUUUACAGCUCUGUGCAGGCUCUGGUGAAAAGCUGAUAGUUCGGGUUUGCUGGAGACAUGGGACUUCAAAGUGCCAUGCAAGCACAGACACCCCUUUUUGGCCCAGCUCUGUCUUUGCUUAUUGCACACCUGACAGCAUAUGAGACAGCAGGUGGGCAUGGCUUGGCCAAAUGGGGAGCAUAAUUGGGCCCACAGGCCAGAGACCUGCGGCCAGAGAUUAGUCUGACUCAGACCCGUGUCAAAUUGAGCCUCAUUGCCCUGUUGGGUUUCCUUCCCUCUUAGUCUUCUUUCUUGCAAACCUCCCUUUAUCAUUGUCCCCUACUGCCCCUACCCCCCAAACAGCAGGCACUCCAGGGAUUUGGUGUGGUUUUUCUGUCUUCAAAAUUGACCGUGGAAAUUGUCCUGUUUGUGGAUUUUUUUAUUGUUGAUACAGUCACCCUAGGUUAUUUAAAAGGUGUUCACAGGUAUGCCAUAGACAUUGCCACAACCAGGAGAGGGAUUGCAUUGCUGCCCUGCUUUUCCUUCCUGCGUUUUGAACUCACUGGUUUUGCAGGUCUGCCAGUGUGAAGAAGAGCGAGAAGGCUGACCCGAAAGAAGAUGCUACAAAAGCAGAAGAAAAAGAUGAGAAGGGGAAAGAGGAGUCAAGAGCUGGAUCGGUGGAUCAGUCCAAGACACCAAAAUCAGGUAAAUCUACUAGGCUGCCGCAUUGGGGGAGGGGGAAGAGUGUAAAUGGCUGGUCACUGUCAGGUUUAGAACAUCAAAACCAGAUUUCGCUUUGAGUAUCUUAAUUCCCACCCCUGUUUUUAUGUAGGAAGCAAGGGUACAGAAAGGACUGUGAUAAUGGAUAAAUCCAAAGGCGAACCAGUUAUCAGUGUGAAGACAACAACUAGGUCAAAAGAGAGGGUAAGUGGAACCAGAGCAUUUCCCUUGAUAUGUGUAACUAUAUAAAGGUUUAAUGAAACAUUCAACUUGGCUCAAAAAGUUUUAAGCUUCAGCUGAUUAGAAGUACGUAGACCCUAGUAAAUCUUAGACAAUAGAAAGGGCAGAAGUUUAGAUUGGGUUUUCUCUUUCCUUUAUUAAAAAGCCACACAAAUCUUGUCAGAAAUUACCUUCAUUUAUGACUCCCUUGCUUCAGCUCUUUAAAUUUUUUGUCCAGCGGGAGAAAGAGGCAUCCAGUUAUCAGUUGCCUCCUGCAACUACCUUGCAGAAACUUGCAACACAGGUUCAAAGAAUUACGAUAGUACCUUAAAUUCUACUCAGAAUAGACUCAUUGGAUUAAUGCACUUAAGCCAGUUUUGUCUGUUAAUUUAUGCUCUAUGAUUUACACGUAUAUCAUUAUUAUUUAUUAAAUUUGUAUGCCGCCCUAUACCCAUAGAUCUCAGGGUGGUUCGCAACGUAAAAUUACAAUAUAAAAAACAAGCUAUCGUUAGCUUACCAGCGCUGCCUAAAAUUGAAGCAUGUUCUGCCAGGGUUGCCUCUACCUCUGCGGCCUUUUCUACUAAUGUUCCCUUAGCUGAGCUUGCAGGGCUGCAGUGCGAUCUUCACCAGACAUCGUUUCCGGAUACUAUAAAGAUGGAGGUGGCUCUUCACAGGAGAGUGCUGUCCCUCCCAUUGGAUAGAGAAUAGAAUGGGAUUCAUCUAACCCAACCUAGGGCUGGGCAAUAUCUGCUUUUUAACAACAUGAUACAUUAGCAGCUAAAUAUUGUGAUACAGUGGUGCCUCGCAAGACGAAAUUAAUUCGUUCCGCAAGUUUUGUCGUCUUGCGAAGCACGGUGUCGGGAAAGUUUUGGAAAAGCUUCAAAAAUCACCAAAGUCUUCAAAAACCUCAAAAAAGGCUACCACACCGCGUGCUAUGAGUUGCUCCUCGAAGUCAAGUCGCAACUGUAUUAACGGUGUUAAGAAAAUGGAAACAAACUUGCAAGACGUUUCCGUCUUGCGAAGCAAGCCCAUAGGGAAAAUCGUCUUGCGAAGCAGCUCAAAAAACAAAAAACACUUUCGUCUAGCGAGUUUUUUUGUCUUGCGAGGCAUUCGUCUUGCGAGGUACCACUGUAUGUUGAUAUAUCACAAUGUCUGCAACAGAUGUCAGUUGCUUCUUCCUCAACACCUUAGCCAGAAGGUUUGAGGACUUCCUUAAACUGCUCAGCGGCAGGACAGGAAGCUGUGUUAUUGUGUUUUAAUGGAAUUUUUUAAUUGUUUAGUUAAGUUACAGAUAUUUUGUUUAUAGUUGAAGAGAUAGCAAGUCAUAUUUGGCCAGGAUUUUGGAAAUGUGAUCUGUAUAGAAACAUGAAAUAAUCAUUUAUUUUUAAAAUUAAGUCCCUUUAAGUAAACUGGAACCAGAUUUGGUCAAUUUGAGUUGCCUUGUGCUCCAGGAUCCCUUCUUGGAAGCCGAUUCAGACUGUUAAGAGUAUAUCAUUUUCUCAUAGCAAAUGGGCCCGCAUUCAUUAAGCCCACAAACAGCACAGGACACAUUUGUGAAGGCUGUGCAGUAAUUCUAAAAUUUUGGUGUACUGCUCAAUACCCACUACCUCACAGUGAAGACUACUUUGGUGCUUAUAAUGCUGGGAAAUGUUUCCGUAAAUUAGACAUUUAAGAAAUUGAUUAUCUCACUGGCAUUCUGAAAUUCAGCAAGAACAAAUCUGGGCCACAGCUGGUCUUCUCAAAAAUGGAUAUCAGGAAUUCAGAUCAGGGAAGAGCAUCUCUUUCAUCUGUAAAAGCAUCAAAUGGCUGAUUCGGUUGGGCAGUUUGCAAAUUGAAGGAACAUAUUGGGGUUGCUGAAGUCUAGUCUUUGUCAGUUGUCUUCCUAAGAACUUUUGGAGUUUGCCAUUUUUUUGUGGCAACUGGAUGUCAUUUAUUCUGGUGGUAUCCUUACACGGGGAGCUCCCCAGGCCUUCAGUGAUUUUGGACGGUGGAUGUAAGAUGCUCACAUUAGUAGUCAUAGGACCUUUGUUUUGCGAGGAUGUUCUGUCUGGUUUAAACCUAGUUCCUCCUCAUCUAGAUAUCUCAUUUUAGUCCAAAAGCCUGGAGAAAUCUCCCUGGGGGUGGUUUUCCUUUUAGGGGGCAAUAUACUGCCCUCCCUUAUGUGUUGUGCUUUCAUAAUUAAAGGCGAGUUUAUCUCUGCCUUUACCUGGAGGUUAUGUGGACACCAAUCUGCCGAGUUAUAUUCCUGUGUAGGAAUCAUUUUGGAGGAAAUCUGGAGGAAAUCUCACCCUCCUUGGUAUCAUUAUAUGCGUCUUUCCCAGCCGGUCUGUUUCUUAAUGUUUCUGGUCUUUAUAGAAUUUCGGCUUGGAUUGAGGACGGGAAUGACCAGAAUUGACUUACUAGAGUGUUUUCUUCUGUAGAGAAAUUGUCCUUUCACUCGCUCACAGGGCAUUCAUAUUGGGGUUGGGUUUUUUCCCCCCAGAGUGAAAUUGCCCUAAAACCAUACUUUUCUGUUAACUUUUUGCAAUUCUGGGUGUUUUCAUGUAGAGUGUCAAGAGCCAGGAUCGCAAAUCGGAGAGUAGAGAAAAAAGCAGAGAGAGGCCCUUCAGCAAAGGCAGAGAUCAGAAACGGCUGAGCGAAGAGCCACACCGGUAAGAUCCUGUUUUGGCAAAACAAAAUUUGCUUCUCAAACAAAUUUUCUCCACCACCACCGCCCUUCCCCUUCAUCCUUCCCUUUUCCCUAAAUGGUAAGCAUGUGAUAUAUAUUUCUGUACUUGGGUCAGCACCUCACAGGCUAACAGUGAACAAAUAGGGCGUGCGCACACCCCAGUUCAGCAACUAGUUUUGCUGGUGAUCUACUAUGGAUGGACCUAGGUGUCAAGACCCCAAAAUACCCUGCCUGCAGAACCACCCAGCCACAAUCCAUCGCUUUCUUUAGCCUUCUAGAUUGGCAGUUGGGGCAGGCAGGCAAGCAGUGCUACUCGUGGAGACAGAUUUGUUCCUAGAGGUUUCUGUGCUUGCUUGAGCCUCACCCUAAUGGCUCAUCUGUUAACACAACCUAACUCCUCCUACUCCAGGUCUGAAGUAGCAUGCAUCUUAUUUUUAAACCUUGGCUCUGGUGGCUCUCUGUGGCAGGAGCCUAGAGAGCCAGAGGCAGCAUCCGUAGCAGUAGAUGUUUCCUCCCCACCUUCAGAGUGAGGAAUAAAAGGGUUAACUUCACAUACUUCAUGUCGUGUCCACUCUGCCUUCAAAUGUAGAACAAGGAGGUUCUGCCCUUGAGCUCUAGCCUGGACCACAACCUGUGCGUGUGUUUCCUAUCUCACUCCGGCAUAGGUAAAGGAAGACUUCUCUUGAUUCUGGCAGAGCCUCUUGGUUGGCACUGACAACAGAGCCAUUCCUACCUAGUAACAGCCUGUUCUGCUCACGAUCAUCUAGCUCUGGAGAGGAAAGGAAUAAGCCUUGGGAAUUCUGACACUUUCCUGCCAAAUCUGGAUCCUUUUUGGCUACAGGCCUGGAGAAAGGACAGCAGUUCGUCACCAUGGCAGCCCUGUGACAGAUUGCUCAGGGAGAGAGUUUUCUGGAACUAAGAACCAGGAACGACCAGCAUCUUACAUGCAGGCUCCACUUCUCCUCAAGAUGCCUGAAACCCUCCUUAUUCUUGAGACAUUAAGCUGGUCAUCCAGUCCUAGAGAUUCCCUCAGAGUAUUUCCCAGAAGAUAACCAGAUGCCUUGAUUCUGUAAAAUAUCGCUCAAGAAUCCAGGGAAAGGGAAUUGAUCCAUGUUGGCUUGGGGAAGCUGGAAUUCCAAAUGUGCAGUUCCAACACCAUUCCCUCCAGUUGUAAUGUGCAAAUGACUCCAGAAUUCAGCAGUGACAAGGACACGGAGUCGGAAACUACAGUACUGCAGAUUACCUUCCUGGGUGCCGCGUGUAUACUUGAAAUGUCGUGUAAUGCAGAACACUCUGAAAAUCCUGUAAGCGCCCUAUAAACCUCUGGAAAUCCAAAAACAAAAAACACCAAACUACCACAAUUGCUCCUUCCAAACCUCCUUUCUCAAACUCCCAGUUCUCCACAGGUCUCAAAGGUCAGCGCAAAAGCUCAUGGGAAUGGUAGCCGUUGCUCACUCUUUUCGGUCCCUUUUUGCACCUUUUUGCAAUGUAUUUAAUUAUUUUCCAGUUCUGCAUGUGCAUGCAGUUGCACGCAAGUCGAACACAUGUAACUGGAGAGACACAAGUACUAGCAAAAGAGCCAGACCAGGUUUCUGGCUCAUAGCCUGGGCAUUACUAAACCUGAAGCUGCCAGGCCCUCUGAUGGAGCAAGACCUGAAGAAGCAGAGCCAAGAUCCCUCACCAGGUGCCUUCCCUGGGCUGGAGAAGCAGUGCCUCCCUUGGUAACAUUGCAGGUCUGGUAGUAGAGGGAGCAAUGGAAUGCAGGAGAAGUGCCCAUCUUUCAGGCCAAAUAAUUGGCCGUUUUGACUACUCCGAAAGGGAGUGGACUGGAGGCAGAGUCCAAAAGGGCUCAGCUCAGAGCAAGAUGCUCCCUUGGAGGCAUCUUAGGUGCUGCAACAACAGACCUGCCUUGGCCGUUUGCUCCUCCACAAAGUCAAGCUAUGUCCUCUUUGCUAAUGCUCCAGCAGCUGCAUGUUAAUCUCUGGAUCCUGGGGAUAAGAAGAAUGAACAGUGCAGAACUACUGUCAGAUAAUGGACCAGAUGGGCAAAUAGACUGGCCUGGUAUAAAUCAGCUUCCGGGUUCUCAUCACCACCAGGGUUAUACUCCCAUGUCUACAGCGUCUCAGGUUCAUGGUUUUCAACAGCUCUUCUCCAUCUACAGACCCCCAGUGUCUAGAACUGCGUCAAAAGGGCUCUUUCUGUCUCCAAAUCCCCCUCAGCUGUGUCCAAAAUCUGCAAACCUCAUGCAACAGGAUCAUGAUUCAGUUCGAUUCCAGAGCGCCCUGAGGAAGCAAGGAGGACUUCCACGCACGUAAUAAAUCAUUUCUUGGGAUAGAGGGUCUCCUUUAUUUAUGUUUCUGCUGCCCACAUAUUCCCCAGCUGAAACUCAAUUGUAGUUUAAAGAUUUUCCCCAGCCCAGCCCGAAAACCCUUGGAACGCAACCCCUGACCUGUUACAGCGCAAUUCUAAUCAUGUCUACUCAAAAAUACUGUUGAAAUCAAUCCCAGGUAAGUGAGGCUAGGAUUGCAGCCUUUGAGAACUUACCCAGCAAGUGGUGGUUUUGGUGCACCUCAUGCGCAAGGAUGUGGGGAAAGCAUCUCACAUCAGCCAAGCAAGAAAAAAGAAGAGGCAACUCGGCCGCUCACUGGCACAAACAAUCUUUCAUGCAGUUUGACAUGAAGACAAAGACUUCCUUCUGGUGCUUGAAAAACCUGGUGGUUCUUCAGAUUCUUAUCUACAUUAGUAACUUUGUAUCAAUGUGACAUUUUUAUAUGUAAUUGUAUUUUUGUAAUACAGUGGUAUCUCAGGCUAAGUGCUUAAUUCGUUCCGGAGGUCCAUACUUAACCUGAAACUGUUCUUAACCUGAAGCACCACUUUAGCUAAUGGGGCUUCCUGCUGCCAGAGCACGAUUUCUGUUCUCAUCCUGAAGCAAAGUUCUUAACCUGAAGCACUAUUUCUGGGUUAGUGGAGUCUGUAACCUGAAGUGUAUGUAACCUGAGGUACCACUGUACUUUUAAGAGGUCUGUUGUUGCUUCAGUUCUUUGUACGCCACAUUUUAAAUAUCUCAAGCGGCAUAGAAAUGAAAUAAUAAACGAUGCUGCGAAGAAGCGGCUUGAAACGUUAUUUUCUCUUUCCGCCCCCUGCCAGGUGCCAACCUGAAUAAAAUGGGGGGGGGGGUUUAAUCCCCACCCUGCAUAAUUGAUCACAAGACGCAGCGCACACCCACCCACCAUUGAAUGGCAAUGUCCAUGAAUUUUGGCCUCAAAUAUUUUAUUGAGAGGCUUGAGGGACCUCGGCCCCUAGGAGUUGGCUCCUAUGCCCCCUGUCCAUCUUUAGUUUGUCAAGGGUUUGUGCUGAUUUCAUGAUGACACUUCUGUUCGCAGACCCAUCAUUUUGCCCCCAUGGUGAUCAGUUCUCCCCUUGCCCUAAGGGUUUUCCCAGUCCUUCCUUUCUUAAAGAGUAAUCUUCAUUUAUCAUGUAUUUGCUUGUAUUUAUAUCUUGCCUUUUCUCCGAGGAGCUCAUGGCAGCAACAUCCUCUGCUCCUUUUUAUCCUCUGUGAGUACCAUGCUGGCAAAACCUAGGCAUUGAACGUGUCUCCAGGACAUAUAUGUUGAAGACAUUAAGGCAUUCUGACAGUCUGUAUCCUAUUGUUCUUUAGUCGCUGUGUUUGUGAAGGCUGUAGAAGGAUUUUGUUGAGUACUUGGUUUAAAUUGUGUAAAUUUUAGGUUGUGUUUUCAGCGUCUCUGUAUGCUGCUUGAAAAAACUUAGUCGCAUGCACCAUAUCCAAAUGUGGUAAAUAAAAUUUUUAAAUACAAGCCUAUCCCUCAGGAGUCGAGGCCCCUUAGGUCCACCCUCAGCAGGCAGAUUGGUUUAGCGUAAGAAGUCAGUAGGGGGAAACGGCACUAACAGGAUUGCUGCCCACCCAGUGCGCCUCACAACCACUUUGACCAUGGGUAGGUAAACUAAGGCCCAGGAGCCAGCCCAAUCGCCUUCUAAAUCCGGCCCGCGGACGGUCCAGGAAUCAGCAUGUUUUUACCUGAGUAGAAUGUGUCCUUUUAUUUAAAAUGCAUCUCUGGAUUAUUUGUGGGGCCUGCCUGGUGUUUUUACACAAGUAAAAUGUGUGCUUUUAUUUAAAAUGCGUCUCUGGGUUAUUUGUGGGGCAUAGGAAUUUGUUCAUUUAUUUUUUAAAAAAAUACAGUCCGGCCCCCCACAAGGUCUGAGGGACAGUGGACCAGCCCCCUGCUGAAAAAGUUUGCUGACCCCCUGACUUUGACCAUUUGGGUGUGCUGCUGGAAGGACUCUCCAUAAGACUGCUGCCUUGGCCGCACCCCUCCUUGUUUCAGGCAUCACAUUAUCUCCCUCAUGCCCCUUCAGAUCCCUUCUUCAGCAGGAAGGGUCCUCCUAACAGGCUCUCUUUAAUUCCACCCUGUGAUGUAGACGCUUUUCUUGUACAUCCCUUUUCUGCCUCUUGUGCUGAGCGAAUGUGAAUGGAGGUAUAUGGCAUGAGGUUCUCUUCUGAACAUACAGGAGAGCAAGCAGACCUACAACUACCAUCACUGCCAGCCAUCAUAGAGGGCUGUGCUGUGAGGCUUAUGUAGGCAUUCAUGUGAGUGUGGAGAAGUUUUGUUAUGUUUUUGCCACAUACAACACCUUUUUUAAGGGUCACCUGGGAGUCCUUUAAUUGUUAAUGGUUUUGUGAGGACUUUUGUAAAGUCCUGCACCUCCUCCACAUCCUGAAACAGAAGUUUCACUCCUGGUUUGGGAUGUCAAAGUUUACUGGCUCUGCUUUUUGAUGGAAGCAGAGUUUAAUCUUUUUACUACCUGCGCUCCCACAUGCUGGAAAGAAGGAAACAGAAUGGUAAGUCUCUUUACCUUUACAGAUUUAGGCAGCUAUUGAAGACACAAAUCUUCUCCUUGGACUCUCAACGAUUAGGCUCUUAUUAUAGUCAAAGCCUCUCAUUUUCUGAAACUUGGGAAGCCACAAUCCCAUCAAGUUUGAAAAUAGAUCCUUUAUGUGCUCUGCCUAUUUAAUUACAUAAUCUGUGCAUCAAGAAAUAAGUAAAUCAUGUGGUCUGAUGUUAAGAACUUUGUACAAGCUUGGUUUGUGCAAAUAUUUUGUUGCUGCUUCUGCCUGAAAAUGGAAGGUGGCUCAAAUUACUUCUGCUGUUUGUACAAUUCCUGUUGUUUGGAGGGGGGUGGCUUGUCCAGUUAAGCUCUGGCUUAAGAAAAUAUGCCUUCCUCGGACCAUAAAGACUCAAACUCAUGUGAGUUCUAUCUCAUGUGAAUUGAACAUAGUAGGAAAUCAUCUUCAGUGAGGAGGGCUAGAGAGAAUGAAAGAUGUUUGGUAUUACCAUUUUGGAGCAGUUUGUUACAAGACACAUAGGCACACUCCCCCCCCCCCCAUAUAUAUAUGUGGUUAAAAAUAAAUUGAAGUGGGGUGUUGUUCUUCCUUCAAAAUAAUGUAGCUGUUCAGCUGAAACCACAGCAGUACAAAAAAAAAACCAAACAGAUGGAGCAGUUGAAUAAGCAUCCAUUUAAAGGUACAACUGUUUUGUUCCCAAAGGAAGCCCAAAGCAGCUAACAGCAGAAAGAAAGCAGCUCAAUCAAUAAAAAAUAGCAGAAUACUGUAAUCAAAAUAUCAGAAUAAUGCUUUGUUAACCAAACUUAACCAAUAUUCAGAUGUAAAACAAAUCAAAGCCACCUUUUUGUCAAGCGCAGUAAUACAAUAAAUAACGACAACAGCCUUGCCUUCUGGCCUUGAUGUCCCCAAUGUUACCUUCGUUCCCAUGAUGUUGGGAGCUUGUGUUCCACAGAGGUGAUCCCAUGCUACCUGUGGGCUGAAUAUCUUUUCAAGCCUGUGCUUUCUGCCCCCUCCCCAUGGGUGUUGUGUAAGGCAGGUGAAGCAACAAUUGGACCUGUUAGAGGGAUGCUCUAGACGCUGCUCUAGAUAGUCCCAGUCAGCUGGCUGCUCAGUGCCAACAGGAGCGAGAGGAGCACUGGGAGUGAUGCAAAAUAAGUAGCAGCCUUAGGCCCCUGGGUUUCCAGCUCCUCACCCUGCCAAUGUCAGCAUUCCACUGCUUCCACCAUUGCUAGAGCCCCCUCUGCAGGCUGAUGGUCUCUGCUUGAAGGCUGCAUACCACAGGGUAAGAGCCAAAGGGCUGGCGAGGCAAGGGCUUUUUACCUGUAGAGAGAGGAAAGGAAACAAGACACACCCUCGGAAGCUGCCCCACUUCCGACAGACUUUCCCUCUCGGCCUUAAACCUUUACAUGGGCGCUAAGGCUUCCAUCUGUGGGGGGUGGGCCUUCAUAAAAUUUCACCCGCCUCCUUUUAAACCAGGAACCGUGAUCGGCAGAAGCAGCGCUUGCACUCCAUCUGGGAGCAAGAGGAGCGCGAGAGGCUGGAGAUCACCCGGGAGAAGCUGGAGUUUGAGCGGUCGCGCCUGGAGAGAGAGCGGAUGGAGAGGGAGCGCCUGGAAAGAGAGCGCAUGCACAUCGAGCGUGAGAGGAGGCGGGAGCAGGAGCGCAUCCAGCGCGAGAGGGAGGAGCUGCGCCGGCAGCAUGAGCAGCUGCGCUACGAGCAGGAGAGGCGGGUGGCCCUGAGGAGGCCGUAUGACAUAGACGGGAGGUAAAGCUCAUCUCUCCCCGUGAGCAGACUUCAGGAAAUCCCUCUGGUUGUAGAGGGAGGCGUGGGGAACUUGUCAUAGUCCCAACAACAUCUAGAGUUGGAUUCAGUGUGGUGCCUUUAGCUAGGCAAGCACCGUCUUCCUACCAGCCUGCAAACUGCAUAUAUGUGCUUUUGGAAGCCGGAAGGAGCAGGGGAAAUGGGGGGAGAGGGGUAAGUGGAUUUCUUCGGUGACCACACCACUGUGAUGUUUGUGACAGAUUUACCCAACGAUUUACUAACGAUUUUAACUGUUUACAAUGGUUUUUAAGAUAAAUUAUAAGUUUCCCCCAUUCCUUAUUAAACAUUUGGGUCUUCCUGAUUUCCGAUUCUUCCGGUCAUUUUAGCCAUUUCAGCACAACCCAUCAGUUUAGUAGGAUUGGUAGUUUAAUGGUGAAUUUUGGACACAAUGGAGAGGUUAAAAGAUUUGGAUUAUCAUAAAAGGUGCAGGAGGAAAUGAUUAACAGUAGGACCCGCAAAGAGGAGGAGGGAAGUCCAGGAGAUUCUUUAGAAUCUUGCUGUAUAACUUUACACAUGCGUAGAAAUUGAGUCCCAUUCUUAGAGGAAAAGCAUACCUGCGAGAAGGAACAGGAUGCUUCCUGUCUAUCAGACUAGCUCCAGGACAUGUUUUUCCUGUCUGAACAUUUUUGGCACGUUACUAAUACAGUCUUGAGUCAGCAGAUUUCCUUAACAAUAUCCUUUCAUGCUCUUUUUAGGCUUUCUUACCAAAGCAUAUACUAGAGGUCUGCAGGCGUUUGAAGAGCUGUAUCUAUCCUAGCAAGUCAGGACAUUCCACGCAGUUUGCACUGCUCCAGUGGGAAACCUAGAAAACGGUCUUAUAACUGAUCAGGCUAUUCGUUCAGUUUUGCUAUCUCAUGCCAACAAAGGUCUGAUGUUGAGGGAAUCAGCCCUUUUUUCCCUUUGCCACAGCAGGGGCUUUUAUCAUCAAAUUGUAACGACCGUUGCAUAGCCUGAUUAAAUAAAUAACAAAGCAUUGGGAGGAGGCGAAUACUUGGGGGCUUAAUUUAGAUUAAAGCAGGGCGUAGCCACUGCAGUGACCUCCAGGUUCUGUUGCAUCAUCAACUACAUCUUGCAUCAUCCCUGCCUGUCAGCCAUUCUGGCUGGGGUUGAUGGAAGUUGAGACAACAUCUUAAGGGGGCCACAUUAGCUGCCCCUGAGUUAAAGCAUUCAGUUAAGUAAAUUAAGCUGUUUGAGUGAUAUUAUAUGUACUUUAGCGAUUGAGGAGCAGAGUAUGGUAAUCUCUUCUUUAUCAAAGCCAUUUUAUUGUCCAUGGGAUGUCUUUAUUUCCUUCGAUCUGGUUUUGUCGUGUUGAUAUAUCAAGAACACAGAGUGGCCAGAAAUCUCCUGUCUUGACCUCUUCCUCUACCUCCUUCCUGCCCCCCUGCAGGAGAGACGAACCAUAUUGGCCAGAGGCAAAGCGGAUGGCGUUGGAUGACCGCCAUCGCUCGGAUUUCAGUCGCCAGGACCGGUUCCAUGACUUUGAUCACAGGGAUCGUGGGCGGUACCAAGACCAUUCCCUGGACAGGUGAGCCAGCAGAGUGAGGUCCAGCACCGAGGGCCUUCUGGCGGUUCCCUCACUGCGAGAAGCCAAGUUACAGGGAACCAGGCAGAGGGGCUUCUCGGUAGUGGCGCCCUCCCUGUGGAACGCCCUCCCACCAGAUGUCAAAGAGAACAACAACUACCAGACUUUUAGAAGACAUCUGAAGGCAGCCCUGUUUAGGGAAGCUUUUAAUGUUUGAUGUAUCACAGUAUUUUAAUAUUCUUUUGGAAGCCGCCCAGAGUGGCUGGGGAAGCCCAGCCAGAUGGGCGGGGUAUAAUAAAUUAUUAUUAUUAUUAUGAUAAGCUUUGCCUCCUGCUGGAGGAGAUGCUUAUCUAUAAUAAUUUAUAUGCCUUCAACAACAAAAAUUCCCUAAGCUGGUUACACAGCUCAAUUUCUGAAUUGUGUUUUACCCAGGCAGAAAUUUCUGAGAAGGAUCGUCUGGGGCGGGGGAGAUGUGAAGAGUACAGUGUCAUUCCUACCUAGGGCAUCCUAGUUAAAAGGUGUGGUAUUUAUUUGGGCACCUGCAAAAUGAGCCAGUGUUCACUAGCAAAAUGCCUUCUGUGGAGAAGGGAGACGGGGACCUGUUACUUUGCAGACUGGGUGGCUCUAACAAGCCUACACUGAGAUGCCGUAUCAGUCAGCCCUCGAGUCUACCUGUAACUCCUCUGGCAGGGAGAGCCUUCUCACCACCUGCUGGAGAAUCCACACACCUCCUUGCAGCUUUCUGUGUAUUGUAACAGUAAGCUGCUUUGGGGAUCAGCCUUGGAUUUAAAAAGCAAGAUAUAAAUCUGGGAAGAGGACUCUUCAGGUGUUGCUAGGCUACAUUUCCCUGACCUUUUGGGGCUGAAAGGAGUUCUAGUCAGCUUGGGGAGGUACAGUUUCUGCACCCUAGGAUAAAUAUGGAUUCUAUCCUUAAGCAAAUGUUGCAGUUGAGUGAGCGUAGCACGGAUUUCUUCCUCUAUCCAGGUGCCCCUUUAACCUUUGUGCAUAGCAGGUAACAGUUUAGCGCAAGAGCCUGAUGUCGAUUGUAUUGUUCUUUCCAGGAGAGAAGGGUCACGAGGAAUAAUGGGAGAGCGAGACGGACAGGUGAGCUGCGUUGGUUGUGAGCCUGGUAGUGCAAAACCACUUAAGACUAAACGGCGCUUCCUUUUUCGAGUGCAUGACACCAUUUCCUGUCUCUGCUCCUGCAGCAUCACACAGACGACCACCAUGGGGGACCAGAACGCCACUCCCGGGAUGGCUGGAGCAGCUAUGGGUCUGACAGGCGCUUGAGCGAGGGACGGGGAAUAACCCCACAUUCCCGGUGAGUGUACUCAGGUGGUGGUGGAGCAGCGCUUAAGUCUUAGUGUCCUUGCAUAUAUAGAGCAGCUUAGCUGUUGAAUACAGUGGUGCCUCGCAAGACGAAAUGAAUCCGUUCCACGAGUGUCUUCGUCUAGCGGUUUUUUCGUCUUGCGAAGCAACCCUAUUAGCGGCUUAACGGAUUAGCGCUAUUAGCGGUUUAGCGGCUAUUAAAGGCUUAUCGGCUUAGCGGAUUAGCUGCUAAAAGGCUAUUAAAGGCUUAGCGGCUUAGAUAAGGGGGGGGGAGCGGGGAAAAAAAUCUCAAGACUCGCAAGACAUUUUCGUCUUGCGAAGCAACUCAAAAACGGAAAACCCUUUCGUCUAGCGGGUUUUCUGUCUUGCGAGGCAUUCGUCUUGCGGGGCACCACUGUAGUUCUGUUGCCCAAGAGGCUCACAGUUGAAGAAAGGAGUGUGUUUUCAGCGGGGCAGAAUAAUCAAUCAUAAUCAUAGAAUUGCAUAUGAAUAAAUAAUACAAAUAAUCAUAGAAUUGCAGAGUUGGAAGGGUGUAGACCCGUAGUUCCCACAGGGGGCAAUUUUGAUUUUUAAGGGGGGCAGUUUGAGAAUGAGUUGUUAACAGUUAAUGGCCUUUUAGGCUCUCUCUACAUGGAUAGUUCACUUUUUGAAUAAGAAGAAUUAUAUGUCGGUGGGGGUGCGGUGCAUCAGGAUUUUAGAGGUGCUUAGGUGAGGCAUGGCCAAAGAAAGGUUGGGAACCACUGGUCUAGACCCAGGGGUCAUCUAGUGCAGCCCUUUGCAAUGCAGGAAUAAGAGGUUGGGUAAAUAAUGUUGCUGAAAACACAAUCAGCUUUAAAAGAAAAAGAAAUAUUGGAUCUUCAUUACCAAUCUGCAUUUGAAACAAAAAGCAGUCUUGUUUUUUAGAUUACUCCUGCUGACAUAACAGGCAAUCUUAGAUGGUCCGAUCCUAAAGGGAGGGUGUUUUUCAAGAUAGUGCUUGCCAUCUACAUUUUUCUUUUUUAAGUACUUGUAUCUGUUAUAAAAAAAAAAGGCUGCUGUAGCGUAAGGUGUUUGUUUUUCUUUUUUUAAAAAAAGUUGAUUAACUAAUUAAAAGCCCUGCUUUUAUUCCGCCUUGAGAAGACACUCAAGACUUGCUCUUUGGCGAGUUGCUGAAGAAAGUGUAUUCUGCAACUGAGGGGGUCAGGCACUAGGAAUGUCACUCUGUGGGCGCUUGGCAGUCCUGACUCGGCCUAAGUUGGAACUUAGGUUGAGCCUUCGUUGUGGCAGAACAUGAAGGCUUUGGGGCUGCUUUAAAGCUUCUUUGGUCAUCAGCACACCGAAGUGAGCCCAGAAGGAAACGGGGAGACCAUUUUGGAGCUCCGAUACAUUCUGCCCAAGCACCUUCUGAACGAAGAGGUGCAGGAUCCUGCAGCAGCUGGAGAUUCUGAGCCAUCAUAAUAGAAUUUGAUUUGCAUGAUCUUACCUAAGGACAUUAAAAACUGCCUUGCAGCAGCAGGGUUUGCCAAGCUUUUUGGGUCAGGAGGCACAUUUGGAAUUUUGACAGGGUGCUAUGGGUGCCAGUCACAAAAUGGCUAGAGUGGGGGCGUGGGGGCUGCCACAUCUAAAAGAGCAGCAAAGUGAACUGAAGCAUGAAAUGGUGUUGGCAUGCCUUUACCUGGUGCAGUUUUUCUAGAAAAAGAGGUUCCAGAACUCUCCAUGGACGCCUUCCUUGUUCUCUUGCAACGGCAAUGGCGCCUAUCUGACAGAUGCUGGAACUGAGUUCCCUGGCCCAUUGAGGGGGAAGGCGCUGCCCCUGCUCAGCCAUCAGCUCGUCCCGUUAGAAGCUGUGGGAUCUUCACUGGUCAGGGACAGAUGGGAGAGGGGGCAUCCAGUCCUGGCAUGCAGUGAAAUGUGGGCUUGUUUCAAGGUGUGUGUUUGGUAUAGGAGAGGCCGAUCCAGUGCAAACAGGAACUGAGCAGGAAUUGCAAAACGGCCUCUCAUUUUGGAUGGGAUACCCAGAGAAGCCUUUCGUGGGCAGCCAAGGACGCGGGUGGCGCUGUGGGUUAAACCACAGAGCCUAGGACUUGCCGAUCAGAAGGUCGGCGGUUCAAAUCCCCGCGACGGGGUGAGCUCCUGUUGCUCGGUCCCUGCUCCUGCCAACCUAGCAGUUCGAAAGUACAUCAAAGUGCAAGUAGAUAAAUAGGCACGGCUCCGGCGGGAAGGUAACUGGCGUUUCCGUGCGCUGCUCUGGUUUGCCAGAAGCGGCUUAGUCCUGCUGGCCACAUGACCCGGAAGCUGUACGCCGGCUCCCUCGGCCAGUAAAGCGAGAUGAGCGCCGCAACCCCAGAGUCGGCCACCACUGGACCUAAUGGUCAGGGGUCCAUUUUAGGAGGCAUCAGCAGACCCACAGAUGCCACUCCAGUCACCUCUGUCUUGAUGGAGUGAGGCCUAGUCCCUGCAUCCCGUUUCCAACCUCUGGCAGCUAUGGUACUCCCAAAAAGUAUCCCAAGCAUAGCACGACAGCAAUGCUGUCCUCCACUGCCUGUCCCCAAAAUCUGGUAUUCAGUGGUGGAACACAGAGGCUCCAUUUUUCUAUCAUGGCCUAGAGAGAGAGAGAGAAAGAAACUUUCAGGAAAUACAGCUAUCAAAGUUUAGAAUUCAAAAUAUUUGUCUAUAUGUGUUUUGAAGGGAUUUAAGUGUUUUCUUCUGCAGGUAGAUUAAAAAACAGUGUCUUUAAAAUAAAAUAAACCUCGCACUUCUUUUUUUUUCCAGAGAUGGGCGUGACUGGGGGGAUCAUGGUAGAAAAUUCGAAGAUCGCUCCUGGCAGAGCAACAAUGGGGGUGCGAUGGGGCGAGAUCAUGACCGGUGGCGAGGUAACUCUCUUCCUGUUCAGCUGUUGGGUUCUCUCUCUCUCCCCGCCCCCAGGGAUGCUGAUGCUAAGCUCUACUCAAAAGUAGCCGCAUAGAAAUCAGUGGACCCAAGGCCCAGUGGUGGGUACUUGUCCGAAGAGCCUGUUAGAUAGACAAGGGAAGGGUGGAAGAGAGAAAUCCAUUGGAGCAGUGUUUCUUCACUAGGGACGAUAUCUGAAGGUUGGGGAGAGUGUUUCCAAAAACAUGUACUGCAGAAGUAAGAAAAAUUAAAAGUCGCAAAAUUUCAAUCCAUUCGAAAACUGAAAUAAAAUACUUAAGAGGAGCUAAGUUUUAAGGGGGACGUGGGAUUUUUAUGUUGGCUAAAGGGGCAGAUGGGCUUCAAAAGGUUGGGAGACACUGAGCAGCAGGGCACGUUUGUUGUUACGUGGAAUCCUGUGAAAUUUGCCAAGCUGCUGUCUCUGCCUCAGUUCCUGCUCUGUAAAAUCGAAGCAUUUAUUGCCCUACUCGAUAAGGGGUACCACCAGGACACUUUAGCCUUGCAGGCUCACAAUCUCUCUGCUUUCAAAGCUCUCUCCCCCCCCCCCCCCGGCCGCCUUUUGUUGGCCUUUUUGCUGUAGUUCUAGGGAGAAAAACAUGAUAAACUAGGCUGAGAGCAUCUCAGAUGUAUUUAGUAUGCCCUGCCCUUAAACUUCCUCUUGGUUUUUCCCCAGGUGGGGGCAGAGGGAGGCGUGGCCACAUCUUUCAUCGAGGUGGAAUGUCUGGGUAAGAAGCUUCUUUCAGCCUUGCCUUCAGAAUUACUUACUUCGUAAAAUUAAUAAUUGUUGUUAUUACUGUUCUAUAUUUAUAUAUACCCUGCCUUUUUCCCUGACAGGGACUCAAGAGACUUACACACAGCUUGAUUGUAAAACAAAAACCCUCAAAUCACGUUUUUUAAAAAAAUAAAAUAAAAUGAUUGGUUAAAACAAGUUUUAAAAAAUCAAUUUAAAGCAUUAAAAAAAUUAAAAUAAGUAAUAAAGCAACUACAUUUGUCUUUUUUCCUUGUUCUGUGUUGCAUCCAACUGCUCUCCCCCCCCCUCCCCGCCCCGAUCUCAGAACAACUCUUUCCAAAUCUACCUCCCAGCUUCACUAAUAAGAGUGACUGUUUUUUGGCAUUGCAUUACCUAAUUGCUGCCUUACACACACAUCCUGUGAGGUCUGGUGGCACUAGAGAUGCCACUGCCAUUUAAUUUCCUGUUCUAUCUGAGCGUUAUCUAGUUGACAGUUCUUGUUGCAUAACCUCCUCCUCCAACAAGGCCAAACAAACCCACAGCUCCAUUGCUGCUGUUGCUCCUUUCGAGUUCUGCAGUGUUGCUUUCUCUUUUUUUAAAAAAAAAAGUUCAGUUUUAACUAUUUCACGUUCGCCUUGGCUUAUCACACCUUUAUUUAAAGAAAAGAAAAAUAUUGUGCACAAGCGCAGGUCAAAAACUUGAUUUCCAGGUGCGGGAAACUGCAGUAGGGAAGAGAGGGCUCGAUUCAUGUUUGCAGGUUUCCCACGGGUGUCAGGUCAGCCUCUGAGAACAGGGGGCUGGACUAGAUGGGCCCAUUGGCUUGAUCCAGAAGGUUCAUCUGUUAAGUGUUUGACCCAGUCUUGCUCACGAGGGCAAGAGUUUCCUUGUCACUUUCCCUGCACCUGGUGCUCAAAUGGACCCCUGCCACACAACCCCCAAAGCUUCAGGACCCCGCUGCAGAUUUGAGUCCUGGCAGACUUGCAAUAUGCAAAAACUUUUGCUCAUUUGUUUUUUCCCCAAAUUUUUUUAUUGAUUUUCCAAAAAUUUAAACAAACAAACAUAAAUCUCAACCCUAUUUAAACCAAUCGUAGUGACAUUGUUAAGUGACUUACUCGAAUCCCCCUAGUUGAAUUUCAGUGUAUAUCAUUUUUAAGUUUUCCAAAACCAAUUUUCUUAUAAAAUUAACUUAAUCACUUAACAUCUUUCUUUCUUUCUUUCUUUCUUUCUUUCUUUCUUUCUUUCUUUCUUUCUAUUUUAGCUUUAAACAUAUUAAUUCCUAACAUUACAUAUUUAAAUCCUAAGCUUUUGAUAUUUGCAAGCUUUUCCAAUUAAGUUAUUUUAACAUAUUGAACUAAGUAGUCUUUGAAUUUCAUCCAUUCCUCCUGGUACUCCUCCUCCUUCUGGUCACGGACUCUUCCAGUCAGGUCGGCUAGCUUCGAAAAAUCCAUCAUCUUCAUCUGCCAUUCCUCCACUGUUGGGACUUCUUGUGUUUUCCAAUUCUUAGCUAACAAAAUUCUUGCUGCAGUUGCGGCAUACAAAAACAAUUUAACAUCUUUCUUGGGCAAUUCCAAACCUGUUAUUCCAAGAGGAAAGGCCUCUGGUUUCUUAAUAAAUGUACCGUAUUUUUUCGCUCUAUAAGACGCACCAGACCACAAGACGCACCUAGUUUUUGGAGGAGGAAAACAAGAAAAAAUAUAUUCUGAAUCUCAGAAGCCAGAACUACAAGAGGGAUCGCUGUGCAGUGAAAGCAGUGAUCCCUCUUGCUGUUCUGGCUUCUGGGAUAGCUGCGCAGCCUGCAUUCGCUCCAUAAGACGCACACACAUUUCCCCUUACUUUUUAGGAGGGAAAAAGUGAGUCUUAUAGAGCAAAAUAUACGGUAUAUUUCAACAUUUUUUUCAAUUCAUUAUAAAUCUUCUCCCAGAAGUCUUUCACCUUGGGGCAGGUCCACCACAUAUGAUAAAAGGCACCCUCCUUUUCUUUACAUUUCCAACAUCACUGUUGUGGUAAACCUUUGCUAAUUUUACAGGGCUUAAGUACCAUCUAUACAUCAUUUUCCAUAAUAUUUUCCUUUCACACCGUACAUGCAGUGAACUUGACCCCUUUCUUCCACAAUCUUUCCCAGUCUUCAAGCGUUAUGUUGCGUCCCACAUCUCUUGCCCAGUCUAUCGUCACAGAUUUAACUUGUUCAUCCUUUGUAUGCCAUUCCAACAACAAAUCAUACAUUUUAGGCAAAUGUGUUAACUUUAGAGUCCAACAACUCCAUUUCCAACUUAGUUUUUGUUUGUUUCAUGUUGGUUUGUGAUCCCUUCCUUAGGCGGGGAGGAUUCUUGCCAAGUGCUCCGCCAGCCCAGCCAUCGCACAGCGGAGAGUCACAAGAAGAAGGCUUCUCCGGACAAGACAGAGGAAGCAGGCCUGGCGACCCUCGCUUCAGCCGCCGCUAUUGA